CUUCUUGUGAUGAUAUUGAAUGUAAUAGUUAUUUACAUUUGUGGUAGCCUUGGCGACGAUAAAGUCUUAAUUUGUUGCAAUUUAAAUACUAUUUUGAGAGAGUGCAUUUGACGAAUUUGAGCUUCUCAACCCACAUCGGACAAUGGACAAACACGUUAAGUGAUCAAAUUGAGCAAAUUGUAUUGAUUGCGAAGACGGCAAUUAAGAGAACGCGCUCAAAUUGUGCGCAAAUGAUUUGCGCAAUCCGUCGGUUGGUACCAUUUGUACAAAUAUUUAUCGAUGGCGUUGCAAGUGCUUGUGCUCCAUUUGACAGUUUGUACAAAUGCAUAAGGGAAUCUCGUCGACCGGGCUCGUUUGGUAAAUUGAUGCGAUGUCGGCGACCUGCGAGCGCGAAAUCAGGGAGUUCAUAAACACGUACAGGCAGCUGCCGGAACUGUGGAACACGAAGAGUCCUGAAUACAGCGAUCGCAACAAGAAGAACAGGGCCUACGAGAUUCUCGUGGAGAAGUACAAACCUAUUUGCUCGUUGGCGAACAGGAAGAUCGUCACGAAGAAAAUCAACUCGUUGAGGACGACGUACAGACGGGACAUGAAAAAGAUGAAGCAAUGCCAGGUUACAGGGGAACCGUUCAAAUCUACGUCUAUUUUCUUCAACGAUUUGAAAUUUCUGGGCGAGCUGGUUGGUGCGGACGAUGGGCCGACUACCUUUUCCCAUAACCAAUCGUCCAACUGGUUCGACUAUGUUGAUGUGAAACCUUCAAUACCACACCUGAUCAAAAUAACAGAAGACAAACGAACGCACGAGAAGAUAAACGAUGACGAUUCUGUGGAAAGCUACACGGAGCCAAUAACCAACGACAAUCAUCACAUCGACGAGUACGAAGCCCUAACGUGCAGUUGGGACUUGAAACUGCGAAAAAUGGAUGAAAUCCAGAAGCUUUUAGCAGAGGAGCUCAUCAACAAGAUACUGACGAAAGGAAUCUUCAACGAGCUGUGCAGAUCAACGGAUGUUGUGGACAGGAAAGAGCAUGUUUGCAACGAACGUUCGAACGGCGUCGAAGACGAAGCGGAUUCGGAUCAGAGUUACCGUGAGGAUAAGUACGUUCAGAAGAACAAGCGAAAAUCGGAGGAGAUGCUCCAUAGUGAGUUCGAUAAAAAGGCUAAGGUUCCCAAAGAAGACGAGGCGUUCUUCGUGUCCGUUAUGCCGUCGAUCGUAGGCAUGACGGAGGAUGAAAAACUGGACUUUCGAAUGGAAGUGUUGCGCGUAAUAAAACAGAUAAAACACAGUAAUCGCUUGAAAUUAGAAAGCAAUUCUUCAACGGAAAAUCGAUAAUGCAAUAUAUACGUGCAACGUAGAAUUAAGAUUGAUUACUAAAGAUAUAUAUUGUUAUUUAUUUAA